AUACCAUCAGCACAGACGUCCUCUGUGACCAUGUGUGUGCAGAGGGUCGUGCUGCUCUGCUUUGUCCUCACGAUGUCUGACGGAGGAUCAGCAGGAACUCAACUUCUGUCUGUGGACUUUGAGAUCUUCGGUCACGUUCAGGGAGUCUGUUUCAGGAUGUACACGCAGAAACAGGGUCUGCAGCUCGGGCUGGUGGGCUGGGUGAAGAACACCUACAGUGGGACGGUGGUGGGACAGCUGCAGGGUCCUGCUCCCCUGGUGGAGGACAUGAAGCUGUGGUUGAGUAGAGAAGGAAGUCCGAGCAGCCGGAUCAGCAGAGCCUCCUUCUCCAAUCAGAGAAGCAUCGACCGGCUGGAGCUGUGCGGCUUCACAACCCGCUUCUGAACAACAAACCAAACGCACCCUGAGGAGCUUCUCAGUGUGUUCAGAUCAAUAACUCUAUUAAUAUUGAAAUGAAUUAUUAAACAUCUUGUGAUGUACUGACUGCUUCCACUGGAACUAAACAUUAAAGUCAAUCAGUUACCGUGUGUCUUUAUAUGUCACUGUGAGGGAAACAAACGCACCCCAGCAGCGAUGUUGUCCUUAAAUAACAGCCUGUCAUGUGACCUGAUUACCUGUCAGCUGAUCCAAUUAAAUCACAGCCAG